AUUAACUUCAGCACCUGGACAGCGACCGUGCCGGAAACCCUCCUCGGGUGUAACAAUGCGAGCAUUCAGUGGAACGAUAUUCCUCCAAGAAAUGCUUUGACAAACAAUGCGAUUUCCGAGACGCUUUCUUGCUGGGAGAUACGGAAAGCUGGCUGUAUUGCGCACGGAUAUCUCACAGAAACAGCGCCAGUCCUGAGGCUUCCCUUCCGUGCAGGGAGGGUGCGAGUGAAGGAAGGACAAAACGUCGCGGUUCUCUUUGUUUACAUCGGGAAAAAAGUGAGAAUGCGACGGAUUGUCGGACUGGAGGUGCCGCUGAUAUUGUGGAUAUGGAGUGUUUAUGUGAAGCUCAGCGCAGGAGCCCAGAGGUGUGAUGAGGUGUUGGCUUCACCCCUUCCCUACAGCGCCUUCACCAGCUCCUCUGUGUUGGCGGCUGAUUUUGGCGCUGGCUAUGCAAAACUCAACAGGAGAGUAGGCAAUGGAGGAUGGUCACCGUUAGACUCCGACAGGUACCAGUGGCUACAGGUGGACCUCAGGGCCAGGAAACAGAUCAAUGCCAUAGCAACACAGGGCAGAUACAGCAGCUCUGAUUGGACGAAACACUACAGGCUCUUCUACAGCGACACGGGAAACAACUGGAAGCCGUAUCGGCAGGACAGCAACAUAUGGACGUUUUCAGGUAACUGGAACUCAGAACGGGCUGUGCGGCACGAACUUCAGCACCCUUUCGUGGCUCGAUACGUGCGUUUCAUCCCGCUGGACUGGAGUGAAGAGGGGAGAAUUGGUCUGAGGGUGGAGCUCUAUGGCUGCGCUUACUGGGCGGACGUGAUCAGCUUUGACGGCCAGGGAGUGAUUUCCUAUCGAUUCAGACAGAAAAAGAUGAAGAUCUUAAAGGAUGUGAUAUCAUUGAAAUUUAAGACCACCAAAGGAGACGGCAUUCUGCUUCACGGAGAGGGACAACAGGGCGAUUAUAUCACUCUAGAGCUACGCCGAGCAGAACUGCUCCUACAGAUCAACCUGGGCAGUAAUCAGUACGGCUCCAUUCAGGGUCACACAUCAGUGUCUAGCGGCAGCCUGUUGGAUGACGACCACUGGCACUCGGUUCAGAUCGAACGCUACAGACGCAGCGUCAACUUCACAGUCGACCAGCACACGCAGAGCUUCCGCACCAACGGAGAGUUUGACCACCUGGACCUGGACUACGAAAUUACAUUUGGAGGGAUGCCAGUGUCUGCCAAGCCCAGCUCAGGAGCCAGAGAAAACUACAUCGGCUGCAUGGAGGCCAUUCAUUACAACGGGGACAACAUCACUAACCUCGCACGCAGGAGAAAAGUGGACACCUCCAGCUUUCAAAACCUGACGUUCUCUUGCACGGAAUCGCGCACGUUCCCUGCCUUUUUUAACUCCACCAGCUCCUUGCAGCUUCCGGGUCGGACUGACGCAGACACCGUGUCGGUCAGACUUCAGUUUCGGACAUGGAAUCCCAGCGGUCUGCUGUUCUUUACUCCACUCAUGCCUGGAGGGGUGGAGGUCAGCCUGGUGGAGGGUAAAGUUACUGUUCACAUGUACGUCGCACUGGGCAAGAAUACACGUGUGGACAUAUCCUCAGGUUCUGGUCUUAAUGAUGGACAAUGGCACAGCGUUCACUUCCUGGCACUGGAGAGCAUUGCCAUGUUGACCAUUAAUGGAGACGAGAUGUCCACAGUGAGAGCUGCCCUCCCCAUUCAGAUCAGGACUGGAGGAGAUUAUUUUUUCGGAGGAUACUUCCCGCGGACUGACCUUUCUCCAUCACAGCGCUCCUUUCAGGGCUGCAUGCAACUCAUACAUGUCGACGAACAGUUGGUCGACUUGCAAUCUGUGGAGCAAGGCAUGCUGGGUAGCUUUGAGAACGUCAGUCUGGAUAUGUGUGCCAUUAUAGACAGGUGUGUGCCAAACCACUGUGAACAUGGAGGAAAGUGCUCUCAAACUGGAAACACCUUUAAAUGUGCAUGUGAAGGCACUGGAUACUCUGGUGCCACCUGCCACAACUCUGUGUACGAGCAGUCAUGUGAGGAGUACAAACACUUGGGCCGAAGCUCAGACACAUACUGGAUCGAUCCAGACGGCAGCGGACCCCUUAAGCCAUUCAGAGUCACCUGCAAUAUGAUGGAAGACAAGGUGUGGACAACCAUUGUGAAUGACCUUCCAGCUCAGAGUUCAGUGGCAGCCGGUUCAGGACCUGAAGACAAGACUGUGCUCACGCUCAAUUACAGCAUGUCUGUUGAACAGAUGAACGCCGUGACCAGCAGCGCUGAGCUCUGUGAGCAGAACGUGGCGUACAUGUGCUACAAAUCCCACCUGCUCAACACGCCAGACGGUUCUCCGUCCACGUGGUGGGUCGGCAGGGGGAACGAGAAGCACCUCUACUGGGGCGGCUCAGGUCCUGGCGUGCAGAAAUGUGCCUGUGGCAUUGAACGCAACUGCACAGAUCCCAGAUACUACUGCAACUGUGAUGCGGAUCUGAGACAAUGGAAAGAGGAUUCAGGUGUGUUGAUGUACAAGGACCAUCUGCCUGUCAGUCAGGUAGUGGUCGGCGAUUUACACCGCUCUGGAUCCGAAGCCAAACUCACUGUUGGGCCGCUCCGCUGCCAAGGAGAUCGUCACUACUGGAACGCAGCGUCAUUCAACACACCUACAUCUUGUCUUCAUUUUCCCACGUUCAAAGCCGAGACCAGCGCAGACGUUUCCUUCUAUUUUAAGACUUCAGCCUCACAUGGUGUCUUUCUGGAAAACCUGGGAAAUCCUGAUUUCAUUCGCUUGGAACUCAAAUCUGCCACGGUGGUGUCGUUCUCAUUUGAUGUGGGCAACGGGCCUGUGGAGUUAAUCGUGCGCUCAUCUACACCCCUCAAUGAUGACCAGUGGCACAGGGUGGAGGCGGAGCGUAAUAUCAAGGAGGCUGUUCUGCGAUUGGACAAGCUGCACAGGGAGGCGCGGUCAGCCCCGCAUCAGGGCCACACACGCCUGCAGCUCUUCAGUCAGCUGUUUGUAGGAGCCUCAGGGGGGCAGAGAGGAAUUCUAGGUUGCAUUCGUUCCCUAAAGGUCAACGGGGUGACGCUUGACCUUGAGGGGAGGGCAAAGGUCACACCAGGGGUGAAGCCUGGAUGCUCGGGUCACUGCAGCAGCUAUAGAACGCAUUGCCAGAACGGAGGGAAAUGUAUCGAGAAAUACAACGGAUACUCAUGCGACUGCAGUCUGACCGCCUUCGACGGGCCUUUCUGCAAUGAUGAUGUCGGUGGGUACUUUGAGAGUGGGACGCUGGUGCGGUACGACCUCAUGUCAGAGAGCAGCUCUUCUCCUGCAGUUAAAGAAGGCGAGGGCGGAGUCCUAAGCACAGUGGGUAAUCUGACCCGUGAGGAGCUGAGCUUUAGUUUCAGUACGUCCCACACGCCUGCCGUCCUCAUCUACAUCAGCUCUAAGACGCAGGACUACCUGGCCGUGGUGCUGCGGCAAAAUGGUACUCUACAGAUCCGCUAUAACCUGGGGGGAUUGAGGGAGCCGUUCUCGAUCGGCCUGAAUCAUCGUAACAUGGCUAACGGUCAGCCUCAUAACGUUAACAUCAGCCGACAGGACAGGCUCAUUCAACUGCAGGUGGAUCAUUAUCCCACAGUAGACUACGCUCUUCCUGAUGCCUCAGAUACAGAAUUUAACCUCGUGAAGACAAUUUUCCUAGGAAAAGUUUUUGAAACGGGUCAGAUUGAUCCGGUGUUGAUAGAGCGAUAUAACACCCCGGGAUUCGUGGGCUGUCUCUCCAGAGUGCAGUUCAACCGCAUCGCCCCGCUGAAGGCCGCCCUGAGGACCGUCCUGCCCUCCACAGCCUCCGUACAGGGAGUCCUGGUGGAGUCCAACUGCGGGGCGUCUCCUCUCACAGUGCCGCCCAUGUCGUCAGCCUUUGACCCCUGGCACCCAGAUUCAGCCGGUGCGCAGUCUCCAUUCAACGAGGAGCAAGUUAGCCGUGAUGGUGUCAACAGAGACUCUGCAAUAAUUGGAGGCAUCAUCGCAGUGGUGAUUUUCACCAUCCUCUGCACGCUGGUGUUUGUGGUUCGUCACAUGUUCCGUCACAAGGGCUCCUACCACACAAACGAGGCCAAGGGGGCGGAGUCUGCCGACUGCGCUGAUGCUGCCAUCAUCAUCAAUGACCCCGCCUUCACAGAGACCAUCGACGAGAGCAAGAAAGAGUGGUUUAUUUAGCCUCGUUCUCUGACAGGAUACCCCGAGGGCAAGAGUUUUUUCAGUAGCCGACGUGAAAUGGACACUUGGCAAGUCUGUGCACUGACUGGCAUGUCUGUUCUGUAAUUAUUUUGUAUGUGAGCAAGUACAGCACAAGGACUUCUGUAAGAUCAAAUUCAUCCCAUGCACUCAUUUAAAAAACGACAACAACUGCUGCAUUUUUAUCAUUGCAAUACUGGUUAACAAAUGCAUUCGAUGUGUGUUCAGCAAACACGAAUGCACCAGAUACUCCAAUAGCACAAAAAUGGAAUGUGUACAGAAUGCACAAUUAUGUUUCCGAUAAUGACAUUUGAUUGUAUUUAACAUUUUGUCGUCAGCAUCUUCAGGACAAUAAUAUAUUGUAGCAUGGUCAUCAGCCAAUGGCAUUUCUGAAUCAUUCAUCAAUGUUGAUGCAGCACUUUUGUAUCUCAUUGAAAAUGUUCUUUAUAGUUAUCAGAAUUCAGUGUUAUUUAUCUGUUUCUCCAUAAGUGCUUGUUCAACCUCUGGAAAACAUGAUAGGCAGUUUAGAGGGUUUUGUAAGGAGAAUGCUCUUUAAAGGGAUAGUUCACUUUGAAGUUAAUUUUUGGUAUGUUUUAGCUUACCUC